CCAACUUUCUGUGUCUUGUAUUUUAAUAUUUGUGUUUGAUAUCUGAAAGAUUAAACGUAAGGUUAAAAAAAUAGAUAACAUGUUAUAAUGAUAUUAAACGGAGCGCCAGCUAAGUUCUUUUCUAGGAAAUCAGUAUAUAACACUAAUUAUACGAUAAUAUAACUCGAGUAUACCAAUGCCUAUGAAAACUAUGCACCAGACGUAAAUAGAACCAACGUUCGUUACUUGAAUGACGAACUUAUGCAUUUUGCACCUCAGAAUACUUGCUGAGUAAAAAGAGAGGAUUACAAGGAUGUCAAGUGCGGCAGAGAGAUUACAAGAUACUUAUUUUAAUGUAAUUUUGCUCUGAAUCAAGUAGUCCAGUUUUGACGCGCACAGAAAUGGCGGAUGCUAUAUUUGUCACGCAUUUUGUACUCUUGUUGAUAUUCGAAUCAUGUCCAGCACAAAUUGCAGUAGAGGAAGAAGAUGUUACUCUUUUUCCGGAAAAAUCCUCUUUAUCUGAGCCAUUAGAUAGUUUUGAUAGCCAUGUACUUGGCCAAAAACAUUUAAAGUGCUAUAUAUGUGAAGAUGCCGAGUGUUCAUCGUCUAACGAUGUCUGCUAUAAUGCAAUUACUUGCUGGAAAUCCAGGGUGAAACAAAUCGAUGGAAAAGAGUACGUUAGCCGUGGCUGUUUUAAAUCAGAGGAGCAUAAGUUGUUUAUGUGCAAUAAACGAGGAGUUCAAAAUGGAACCUCUAAAGAAAAUUAUAUUAGAGGAGAAUCGGGUAUUGUUCAAUAUUCUAUACAAUGUUGUCAAGAAGAUUUUUGUAAUAUUGGACCAUAUCCUACACUGCAAGAUUAUUCAACCAAUGCCGACAAGGGAAAUUAUAUAGUAAAAUUAACAUUUGCAAUUCUUGGACCAAUAAUUGGGCUGCUCAUCAUAGGAGGAAUUCUAUUCCGUCUGUUGGUGCAUCGAACUCUGAAAAAACGGUCAAUGGCGCCACGUCGGAAUAAACUUAUUUUAGAUUCUGAAGUUGAACCUUCUGUGCUACAUUUCUCUUUCUCUUCGCCUACAUCAUCCGCCACUUAUCAUUCACACGAGCUUAGAGCGACGGCUGCUGGUGACAGUACACUCAAAGAAUAUUUAGACGGCCGAAGCUUGACUAGUGGAUCCGGCUCUGGAUUACCCUUAUUAGUACAAAGAACUUUAGCUAAGCAAGUAGCUUUAGUAGAAUGUCUCGGCAAUGGAAGUGGAGGAUUUGGCGGAGAAGUGUGGAGGGGAGUCUGGCAUGGCGAGAAUGUAGCAGUAAAAAUUUAUUUCUCACGUGACGAAGCCGCAUGGGCUCGAGAGACUGAGGUUUAUUCCCAGCUGUUGCCAUCCAGACACGACAAUAUUCUAGGAUAUGUUGGCAGCGAUAUGACCAGUAGAGCCAGUUGCACCCAACUCUGGCUGGUGACGCAGUACCAUCCGCUCGGUUCGCUCUUUGAUCAUCUCAACCGAUCACCGCAUCCAUUGACACAUCAUCAAACACUCAAUAUAUGUCUGAGCAUCGCCAACGGCUUGCUUUAUCUGCAUACGGAGAUUCACGGCACUAGAGGCAAACCAGCUAUGGCCCAUCGCAAUCUCAAAUCGAAGAAUAUCCUGGUCAAAACUAAUGGCGGUUGCGUUAUUGCCGAUUUUGCAUUAGCAGCUACACAAGAUCGUCUUACGGCAGACAGAAUUGACUUGCGACAAGGAACAAAACGUUAUAUGAGCCCUGAAAUUCUCGAACAAAUGUUAAACAUUGAAUGUUUAGAGAGCUUCAGACAAGCUGAUAUCUAUAGUUUAGGACUGAUAUUAUGGGAAGUCUGUCGCAGAUGCAUAAGCAAUGGUGUAGCCCUAGAAUAUACAAUGCCAUACAGUGAAUGGUUACCAAGCAGUAAUCAAGAACCUUCUGUAGAAGAAAUGCGUAAAUUAGUUUCGCUUGACCAGCGACGGCCGCCACUUCCUAAUAGGUGGCAUUCUGAUCCGACAUUGGCUGGGAUGGGAAAGUUAAUGCGAGAGUGCUGGCAUGGGAAACCAGCAGCCAGAUUGCCUAUUCUUAGGGUAAAGAAGACACUCGUUAAAUUAGCAGCUAAUGAUUCUCGUGUUCAUUUACCCCUUGACUGACCAGCGUUCACUUUACUGAGCUCUCUUUCAUCUAUAUAUUUAUUACUGUUGCUGCGUCAACCUAUCAUGCACAUAAUAAGUUCAAUCAUUGUCAUUAGCAUUCAUGCGUUAUCAAACCGUUAUAUCAAAAAGAUAACAAAAUAUCGUAUAUUGACAUAUCGAAGUAACUUUGUUAAUGUUUGGCGUAUGGGUUUUGUCAUUUUAUGUUCUAUUACUGUUAUCAUCUCGGAACAAUGAUAAUUAAGUCGAAUCCCUCUAAUCUUAAUACUUCGCAAUCGCUCGUUACAUCUAACAAGGGAAUAUGCAGAUAUCUCCCUCCGAUUUUGACGGGCUUUGAAUAUGUUGUAAAAAUAAGAGAUACGUAUUUUUUAUCUGCGUUUUCGCACGUUUAAAAGUUGAAACAACCCCGCACAAAUUCAGUGGCCUAGUUUAUAUUUUACGUCUUAUCCAUACUAUAUCGUUUACAUUACCAUAUUAAGCUGUUUAAUACGAAUUUAGUACGAAUAUAGUUUUUUACGCGUAUCGAGUGAUCGGUAUAAAUUAGUAAUCAAUAACACGUAUUUUCAAUUCAGAAAAUUACUAAUUAAAAAUUAAUUAAUAUUCUAAAUAAUCUCACGCUUUAUCGAUGCAAGUUCUUUUAAAUUGGAAGUUUUUUAUUUCAAAUAUAAAGAAGUAGAUCUGUUUAUUCAGUUAUUUAGUGAUACAUCAUGAAAUGUGUAAAUCUAUCCCAUCAAUCGGCAAUUAAUGCAUCGAGACUGCAAAUUCUUUAUUCUAAAUUUUUUAUAUUGCAGAACGAAAAAUCUUGUAUUUGCAAUCAUUUAAGAGCGAAAAAAGAUAUUAUUAAGAUAUUAUUAAGAUAUUAUUAAGAUAUUCUUUAGAUAUUCUUUCACAUGCUUUCUCAUUCUGACAUGAUCACACAAUCGCCAUGCAAAUGUGAGAAACAAUAGAAAAAUACCUAACAUAAGAAAUUAAGAUUAUUAUAAGAUACACUAGCCUAUUCAAAAUAAAAAGGAGUUAAAUAUAGAGGGAUUCGACUGUAUUAAAUAUAUAAACUUCGUCAAACCAAAUCACUAGAGAAAUAUCGUAAAUUCUACAGAGAAACAAUUGUUCGAAAUUAUUUAUUAAGAUAAAUAUAGAAAUUUUAUUCUGUUCACAAUCUGUAGCGAACGAUCAUAGCCAUAUAACUUUUUUAACCAUGAUUAAUUUUAAUAAUUAAUUUUAAUAAUGAUUGAAUGAAAUCACAUUAUUUUAAGUGCUUUUCUAAGUAAUUUUAAACAAGAUUAGCUCGGCUGGCUUUUCUAUACUAAGCCCUAUUUGUAAUAACGCCAAAAGUAUGAACUUAUUUCCACAUAAAUUUUGCGGAAAAUUCUUUUAUAUUAAAAAUCUUUUGAAUAUUGGGCCUAGUAUCAACAACUCAAACAAAUAAUCAAAAGAUAUUUGUAAAUAAUAUGUAUUGAUAAUUAUCAUUACAUGUCUUUCUUAUCAUAGAAUCAUAAUCAUCAGUGAAUUAUAAAUGAAAAUAAGUGGUACGAAAGUAAGCAGAUUGUCAUGGCAAACAUUUCUGUACAAUACUUUGAACAUAAUUUCAUGAACUGCUUUCGUACUCGAUGUUUAUAUAUAAAUAGUUAAUGCACUACUAAAAACAUAUAGUAGUACGUAGUAUAAUUAGAUGUAAUACAAUUAUUGUACAAAGAUUUUUAUGUAACAAACACUAUACAUUGACUUAACACGAAUAUGUCAACAUGA